CACGAGGCGAGGCGACGACCCGAACCUCUUGACUCUUUGGCUGGCACCCCUCCCUCCCUCUCUACAACCACAUAACGUGCGUCUCUGUAUACCACGUACUUCACACGUACGCAGUCGCACAGCAGUGCCGCGCUGCCUUGGUAUGGGGUACCACUCCGUACAAAGUAAAACGUUUACAAACGUGACUACUCCGUACAUAGUACGCUAUUGUACCUUACCUGCGACCUACGGGAACCCACAACCUUGCGCGGAUUGCACGGCAAAACCCACCGCUCAGUGGCUACAACAGCCAUCGCAAAGCCUCACACCUCGGGCCUUGACUGUCGCCCACAGACUGGCCUGUUCCCGCUCUCUGGCGUCUUUUUUAUUUAUUUUCUUCUUCUUCUUCUUCUUCUUCUUCUUCUUCUUCUUCUUCUUGACUUUGACCCCGUCAUCCUCAACCCGUCAAAAGACAUCCACCAACCCAGCCUUUCCUGCCAAUCUACCGCCGUGCCAAGGCCUUUUCGUCCUUUGUUCCUGGCAGGAUUACACCUUGAACCCACGGACUGUCGACAGGCUUCCCAGCCAGUUAGCCAGCCAUAAUCGGUACCUUGCGUCUAACCCUGGGCCCCCCCGGUCACAUCAGCUCCGCCAACCAACCACCGCUCCCUCGUCACGAAGUACACUACGAAUACACUAUCCGCACACUACGCUACGCCUCCUGGGCUCACCUCCAUGUUCCCUCCUCCCUUCGCAGGCAGACAGACCGACCGACCAUCCCGUCGCUUCUCGUAUCUACCCUUCUACCGAGCGCAUUACCAAUACACUAGACUGCAAUACGCCACUCCCGACGCUGUCCUCCGUUUUCACAUUCUCGCGCGCAAAACCGUCGUUCGUCUAGCUUUCCCCCCGAUCGCAGACGGAGCAGCACCGCCAUUUCCCACCGUCCCGACUGGUCUCUCUUCCCGCCGCUUGUUGCCAGCCUCU